AUGUCAGCCAACGAGUCAAAACGUCGCACCGAACACAGAUCGCUGGAUAUUAGGCCGUUCCAGUAUGAGCCUUUGGAUGAGGGAAUCGACUGCACAAGAUUCUUGAAAAUUCAUCCUGCAAGAAAUGACAACGGCCCUAUAAGCUGCGACCUGGUGCAGAUUGCAUUCGGCGCAAGGCCAAGCUACGAAGCUCUGUCAUACAGAUGGGGCGAUGAGACUUACACGAAUUCAAUCUUACUCAACGGCAGCCACUUCCUCGUGGGAAGGAACCUCUAUGACGCCCUUCAAUACCUUCGCAAUCAAGGUGGUUUUGGUCUUCUGUGGGUUGACGCCAUCUGCAUCGACCAGAAGAGGGUCCAGGAGCGCAAUAAACAAGUUGCCAUCAUGAGGCACAUAUACUUCCGAGCACAAACCGUCGUCAUUUGGCUCGGAAAGUUGUACUCGGAAUACCAGCAAGGCAUCGACGCUCUUGAAUUGCGUCACGCUCCAGGCGACGUCUCGGUGAAUGAAGCUUUGGGCUGUUCAACCGACUCUAACCAACCCGAUGAUGCACAUACAGCAGGUUUGAAGGUUGAGAGCAAGAUGGUCCUUCGAUUGGCAAAGGAUGAGUACUGGAAGAGGCUCUGGAUCGUUCAAGAGAUUGGGCUCGCCAGACAUAGGCGCGUCUGCUUCGGCAAUAUGGCCAUGAAUUGGAACAGUUUCAUCAAAAUGAUGACGCUUCACAGCACCGAUGGUGAAGGGCCUCUUCUACUAAAUCAGCAAAUCGAGAGCAAAUAUGAAGGCGCUCAUACAAUGAGAAGCCUUCUUUACGAACAUCGAUUCUCUCAAUGUAAGGACCCUAAAGAUAAGAUUUUUGGGUUGAUUGGCCUGGCAGUGGAUGGCCACGGCUUUCCGAAACCAGACUACGACAAGUCACCGGUUCAAAUUUGGACAGAUACCAUGGAGUUCAUGAACGAACAUGACCUAUUUGAUCAGGACAAAGAAGUUGACAUUAUCUUUUACGGGACAUUGGUCAAAUUUCUUCUCAUGGGGACACGAAGCACGCUGGGCCAACAAGUCCUGGGGCCAUGUGUUGUGGAAGCAGAGACGCAGCUGAUCCAUGCAUCCGGACCUUUCGCCGAAACCAAAGAUUCGAGAGUUUUCACAUUGACGGGAUAUGUGGUUGGCUGCAUUCAAUCUAUCGGCCCUUCGACGAAAGACAUCGCCGAUAAUCUCGGCAAAGUUGACGAAUGGUCUUUCAAAGUCCAGGUCAACUAUCGAAACGAUCUUGGCGCUGCCUACGAGCAAAGCAACAAUCUUUUGAGGGCCCUAUUGACUAAAGAAGAUGCGGAGGUCUCUCGACUUUGCUUCAAUCAGACUAGUCUUGUUGAAUGGACAGCUUUGGCAAACUCUGGCACCCCUUUGGGAGAAUAUUCGGCAUGGUUUGCUAACCACAAGCAUGAACUGAAGCCUCCUGAGAAUCCUAGUCUUUCCGACUCUUCUUCGACUACUAAAGCAACAGCGGACACAAACCAACUUCUAUACCAGCUGUACACUGGAUAUUGCAAGAAAGCGCGGACUAAAUGGAAGAUGGGAGUCGCUUCAGGCCAAGCAGAGCUAGGCGAUUUGGCAGGUGGUGGAAAAAACGAUCAGGUCGGGACGAGCGCCAUGCCCUGGAGGUUCCGGGCAAGUAACAAUCAGGCGCAGCUGUCUGUUGAGUAUAAGAGCGAAUCUAUCAUUGCCAAAAACUGA